AAUCUUACUAGGUAUAUAGAAAAUUUAAAUUAUUGAUAUAUUUCUUUAAGUAAUUUGUACGAUAAAUAGACUUCAAAGUUAUUUGCGAUAUAUCUUCAAUUCCCGAUUGAAGGCUUUGAUGUGUGGCGUCGAUCUGAGCUUGGUGUUGACGCUUUUCGCUUCGAGCGCCGCGUCGGCCGGGUCGGGUGACGUCACCGGCGCCGGCACCAUGUGGCAGGCGACGACGGUUCCCGCGACACUCACUCCCACCGAGACGAUCAGCCUGGGCAGCGAGCUGUUCUGCGCCUACCAAGCUAGUCAAAGGGCGUGGUGCAGCGUUUACUGCUUCUCGGACGGCGUCUGCAGCAUGUACGGCGAGGACAUCCCAGCGGGGAAGACGACCUCCUCCUGCAAGACGACUUCCUCCGUCUGCCCCGCCCCCUUCAGCUUGUUCCCAGGGCUAGAGGACGUCGGCUGCAUGUAUGAGGUUCUUUCAGGCAAUUCGUGGCACGUCACUCGAGACAUUUGCCAGAAGGCCGGUGGCGACCUGAUUGUUCCAAGCGGACCUGAACAAUAUGCAAGGAUAAUUGGUUACUUCAAGGAAUACCUCCCAGGAGGCGCGUGGUGGGUUGGCAUCUACGACAACGUGUGGCUGACGGGGCGGGCCGGCGUCACGGCCGAGUGGAACGCCGGUCAGCCCGAUGGAGGAGAAGAGCACUGCGGGUCCAUGCUGUCUGACUCUACCAUGGGCGACUACCCUUGCUCCACUCCUUUGCGGGCCAUCUGCCAGAUAAGGCGUUGAUCCUCCCAGGGGCAAGCGCCAUGGAUUGAUUGUUUGAUUUAGUUUUAAUUCCAUUUGUUAUAAAGUAUGUUCUUUUGCUGUGACAUGCUGUCUAUUAUAUUAUAUUCUCUCCUGUGAGCAAGGAAUGGACGGGGUUACCAUCCACUGGAGGGGAUGUAGAAGAAGGCAAUGUAUGGUUUUUAAAUUGUGAAGGAUUUAUUCUGCAACUGUCUAUCACAAGGAUCUUAACUAGACGUGUUAUUAUAUGUAUGACAGCCGAUUCAUUUGCAAGCACAGUGGUCUCUUUACUAAAAUGGAAUAUCUCCUAGAAUUAGUGACGGACGUUUUUGUUGUAAUGUGCACCAACCUAUAUAUAGUGUGUUAACCCAUUUGUUUCAUGUCCUUUACUGUAAAACUUAUUGACAAUAUUUUAGAUGUGACCUCUGUAAUGAUCGAGAGCGAUGAAAUUAACCGUAGGGUAAUCAUUAUUAUUAAUGUUGCCAUUAUUUUAUUACCAUUGUAAUUAUGGUUG